CUCCCCCGGCCCUCACUCCCUCGUAUUAUGGCGGCCUCGGUCCUGACCUUCGUCCGGAGGUUGUCCUGGCGGCCGCUCUGUAAAAUAAGGUGAGCUCCGAUCGCCUGCGGCUGAGGGUCCCGGCGUUGUCCUCCUCUGGGAAAGGACGGCCUCCUCGCCGGGCUCUCGGGGAUCUACUAAUGUUUAAAGGAAAACCUUUAUUAAGUAGAUGGAAGAUGGAGUUCAGAAGUGCCAAGUGAGUGAUCUUGCAGAAGCACACAGGCAUUUGUUGUGGACUUUGGCUGCUCUGCCACGUUGUGACUCCUCUUGUAUCUCUCUUUCUGGUGGGAGCUGGUUUCCCUACCCAGUUCAGGGAGGUUUGCAGGCCUCCACCACUCUUCCAUGGGGUACCAGUACAACACAGGCAAGCAGAAGCUGUUUGCUUACCUUCAGCUCACCUGCACCUGACUGCAGCCACCAUGCAAGUCAGCCAAAAAGACUUCCAAAAGGCUCAAGAACAACUGAAGCUUUUGAAAAAUGAUCCUGGGAAUGAAGCUAAGUUGAAGCUCUAUGCUUUGUUUAAACAGGCUACUGAAGGUCCCUGCAAUGCUCCAAAACCAGGUAUGCUGGACUUUGUCAAGAAAGCCAAGUGGGAUGCAUGGAAUUCUCUUGGCAGUUUGUCUCAGGAUGAUGCUAGACGGAAAUAUGCUGAACUUGUCUCAAGUCUGGUCUCUGCAGAAUCUGCUGACCAGAAGAAAGAGGCUUCUCCAGAAGAGGGCAGACAUGAUGGCUAUGAAACAUUACUAGUUACCACCAAAAACAAUAUCACAAAGAUAAUGUUUAACCGACCUGAUAAGAAAAAUGCCAUUGACCAUAAGAUGUACAGAGAAAUUAUGAAAGCACUUGAAGAAGCUGGGAAAAAUGAUUCCACCAUAGCAGUUAUUACUGGAAAUGGAGACUACUAUAGUAGUGGAAAUGAUCUGAAUAAUUUUGCUAAUAUCCAGCCUGGUGAUAUGGAGAAGAUGGCCAAAGAUGCAGCAGUGUUACUCAAAGAGUUUGUGGAUCACUUUAUUGAUUUUCCUAAACCACUAAUUGCUGUGAUAAAUGGACCAGCUAUUGGGAUCAGUGUAACAGUCCUUGGCCUGUGUGACGUGGUCUAUGCUUCUGACAUGGCUACAUUUCAUACCCCAUUUAGUCAUCUUGGACAGAGCCCAGAAGGGUGUUCCUCAUACCUGUUCCCAAAAAUCAUGGGUGUAGCCAAGGCAAAUGAAAUGCUGCUUUUCAGUAAGAAGCUCACUGCAGCAGAAGCCUGUGCCCAGGGACUUGUGACUGAAGUCUUCCCUCACAGGACCUUUCAGAAGGAAGUUUGGGCAAGACUAGAAGCUUAUGCAACCCUCCCCAAAAAUUCCCUGGCAGUGUCAAAGCAACUGCUACGAAGUCUGGAGAAGGAGAAGCUCCAUGAGAUCAACAGCAAGGAGUGUGAAGUCCUGCGGGAGAGGUGGCUGUCUGAUGAGUGUAUAAAUGCUAUUGUCAGCUUCUUUCAGAGAAAGUCAAAACUCUAACCUUCAGGAGAACAAGUGACCUGCCAGGAGCUCAAUUUGCCCUUAGCAUGAAUAAAUCUUCUCUUGAAGUAGUAAUUCUUACUGAAUAUAAUUCAGCCCGUUUCUGAGUCCUGGGUUAACCAAUACAAUGUUAUGUGCCUUGGAUUAUGUGCACUAUGGGUGCUUAGGUGGGGAGAAAAGGUUCUUUAUUCUGUAAGCACCAGUGAUGUGUGAAUAAUGCUACAGCAGAUUGCCUCCUAAAAGGAGCCACAGAUCAAACACCACCCUAUUUGACAACUCUUCAGUAAAUGUCCCGUGAGUGGUUUGAUUCAUUGGUGGGGAAACACUGUAUUAAUG